AUGGCAUCAUCAAAGGCUAUAAUCAACACAAUUCUUGCUCUUAGGAUUUUAACGCUCUUGUUAUGUGCUGCUUCCCUUGCAUUAAUAGUUCUUACUAUGCUCCGUGGCAGCAUAAAAUCCGAGUUCCGCGGUAUCAAGAGCUAUAGGUAUGUGCUUGGUGCCGCAGCUGGUGGAAUUUUGUACUCAUUGAUUCAGCUGCCUUUUGCAAUGUAUCAUGCAGUAAAAGAGAAGAGAUUGAUUAGACGCAAAUUUCUCCCAAUAUUCGACUUCUACGGAGAUAAGGUGAUAGCAUUUUUGUUGGCAAGUGGUGUUGGUUUGGGAUUUGGAGUGAGCUUUGAAUUCAAAGAUAUAAAAAGAGGAGAAACCAUAGAGAGGGGCUAUAUUACAAGUGGUCUGCUGCUGGCUGGAUUUAUAACUAUGGCUAUACUUACCAUUCUUACUUCCAUGAACCGCAAAGCAAGAGGCUUCUAG